AUGAACUUGCUAGGAAUGGUCUACUUCUUUCACUUCCUCUGGGCUGUGCCCGUUCUUUUCUUUUCAAAGGCUACUCGUGGCUCCGAUAUCUCGCGGUUCGAAGUUAACUCGCUGCCGGGGAGUCCUUCGUUGCCAACCAGCUGGGCUGGGAGAUUGCCAGUGCCGGGCACACAGAAAGGAAAUAAUCUUUUCUUCUGGUUAUUCAAGACCGAGGAUGUGGCUUACGAUGAUGAUCUGAUCAUUUGGUUCAAUGGCGGCCCAGGUUGCUCAUCAUUGAUCGGAAUGACUACAGGGAAUGGUCCACUCUCUUUCGUCGGUAAUUCAACUGAUCUCGCUCUCAACCCAUAUUCAUGGACAAAGUUGGGCCAUGUUUUGUACGUGGAUCAACCUGUCGGCACUGGGUUUUCGACCGCCAGCACCCCAUAUCCAGCGGAAAACAACGCCGAUGUGACAACUCAUUUCACCCAAUGGCUUCAAUCCUUUCUAGACCUGUUCCCGUACCUCAAGUCUAAGAAUAUCCACCUCAUGGGCGAGUCUUAUGCUGGGAUUUACAUUCCGUACAUUGCAUCCGCUCUGCUAGAGAACACCAAUCCCCUCUCAUUGAACAUCAAAUCAAUUUCCCUCGGUGAUGGAUCCUGGGGAAACGCAGCAGCAAUGGCCGACGUCGCAAUGGGCACAUAUCUACACAUCCAAGCCCACCACCUGAGGAUCCCAAAAUCCAUCCUCUCAGCCUUCAUCACAGCAGACAAUUUCUGCGGUUUCACAGAAACGCUCAAAAAGGCCCAAGAAUACCCACCAGGCUCCAAGUUCCGUAUCCCCGGAAACCCAGAAAACAUGAACUACCGCCGUGACCUCCGCCGCCACCCCCGGCGCGACCUGACCACCGCCGGAGACGGCUCAUGCAACAUCAACCCAAUCAACGCUUCAGGAAUCCUCGACUCGGUUCUCAACUCCACCUGCUACGGCCCCUGUGCAACCUUUUCCACCGCAAUGGACUAUCUCACAACGACCUCUGCCCUCGGCACCGGACCACCCUGCUACGAUGUCUACGACAUUUUUCACAACUGCAGUACAAUCGACUCACUCCCACUACUGGGAGAAUAUUUCAGUCAAAAAGACGUCCAGAAAGCCCUACACGUCGAGGAAAGCGGGCCCUAUAGCGCGUGCAACUCGACAAUUCUAGGAACGCUCCUCGGCGCAACUUCGCCCGUUCCACCCGCGUACAAUCUCCUCCCAACCCUCGUGACGAAGCAUAACCUCUCGCUACACAUCUACAAUGGGAAGUGGGAUAUGCUGCUCAAUCAUAUCGGGACGGAACUUUCGAUUCAGAAUAUGACCUGGAGGGGUGGACAGGGGUUCACGGAGCGACCUCAUCGCCUCUUCUUUGCAGAUAAUGCGGCCCCUGCUGAUGGUAGCUCUUGUAGGGCGGGUGCUGGGGUUUGGGCUGCUGAGCGUGGGGUCUCGUAUCAUCUUUUUGAUGGGGCAGGUCAUAGUGUCUUUGCGAGUAAGCCGAGGGAAAUGUUUUCUUUCGUGAGAGAUGUGGUUGUUGGACGGCGGGCGUAG